UAGUUGCCGUCUUAAAAUUCUCCGACAGAAAUAGUGGUUUAUUUUUUGACUGCAAAACAAAGAGGAACUUUAACUCUUGAAGACGGCGUCACGGACGUUUUAUUGUGGCGCACCAACAUGGCUGCGCUCAAGAGAGUGUCCGCCUGUUUCUGUUUUCUCAGGCGUUCUGCAAGCGUCCUGUUCAACAGAAAUCCUGCAGUACAGAAAUUGGGAAAAUGGACAAACCUUUUGAACAUAAGUGCAGUCUCUUUGGCUGUGGGUGCUGGGCUGUGUGCUGUCCCUUUUACGCAGGUGGAAAACCUGUCUCAUGACUCCCUGGUCAGAAGAGCGGCCUCAUUGGUUACAAACAGUUCCAGCACUUUUCUCUCACAGACCACACUGGCUCUGAUAGAUGCCUUUACAGCAUAUGCUAAAGCUGUGCACACUCUCAUUGCUCUGCAAAGACGAUAUUUGGCUUCAUUGGGAAAACUGACGUCAGCAGAGGAGGAUUCCAUCUGGCAGGUGAUCAUUGGCCAGCGUGCAGAGGUGAGUGACAGACAAGAUGAAUGCAAGCGUUUCGAGUCAACGUGGGAAAGUGCAGUCAGGCUGUGUGAAAUGGCUGCUGAGGCAUCGUACACCUCAGGAGCUGAGCAAGCGUCCAUCACAGUGAGGACAAACAUUCAGGUGGCUCAGUCACAGGUGGAGGAGGUGCGGAAGUUGUUGGUGGAUGCAAACAAAAAGCUGGCUGAAACUAAAGUGAUGGAGAUCCAAAGGAUGGCAGAAUAUGCUAGCUCCUUAGAGAAGAACAAAGAUGAUGAAGACAUUCCUGAGGCUUAUCUCAGAGAAGAUUAAAAUCAGUUCCUAUAGAUAGGAAAUAGAAUAAAGCAUUAAAAAAAACUUUAUCUUCUUGCAAAAUGGUGACAGGGUGCACACACUUUGAAUAGACAUUUGAAUUUCUUUUUAAACAACCCUAUAAUCUGUCUGUCUCUCUCUCAACAAAUUUUAAUCUAAUAGGCUUGCCAUGUUAGGCUUAAUGAAUAUAUUACCUGACUUUAUGUGCUCCUGUCAGUAAAAAUACAUUGCAGUGCCGAAGAAGGGACUAAAUGUACUGCUGAGUGUCAUUUGUCAUUUCUGUUUAAGAGGUGGAUAAAAGUAUUAGUUUGAGUCAUGUAACACAAUGUUAUGGUUUGCAAAGCAGAAGUUCACUCUGUACUUGUGAACAGGUGCUUCAGAUUUCUCCAAAAUAUUGAAGUUGUAUAUGCUAAAUUAGCCAUAAGUAUUUACAGUUAGAGUGCCUUUUUCUGCAUUAACAUGGAGACAGAUUAGCUUCACCUAACUUGUAUGCGCUGCCUCUCAUCAUUCUUUUGUAGGGUAACCUUAAGAUGCUGAGACAAACAUGCACACAAUUGAUGGGUAUUUAAUAACUUGCAGCAUAGGUUUGACUUUGCAAAACAUUCUGUGUGAUUUGACUUGUAUGUGUGUAUUUUAUUGGGUUUUGUGGUAAUGACAAGACGCUGAAUAAAUUAUUUCAUAUAUUUC